UUUAUACGGCCGUUCUUUUUAUUUUUUUUUUUUUUUUUUUCUUCUUCUCUUUCUUUAUUCUCUUUACUUGCUUUCUUGCAAGCGGCAACAUAGAAAAAGACGUCUUACAUGGACGCAUACUUAUUUGCACUCAGUGGAGUCGGUAUAUCCGGUCUUUUUGACUUUUUAUUCUCCUUUGUGGUUUAUUUGCAGGGUUGCUUUCGUUUUGGGGAUCUCGCAGGCGGCUUAUAUCUAUCUGUACAUAUCACGUUGCCAUAUCGUCCAGAUAGUUAGCUUCUGGGGUUCGUGUACGAGUUAGAGGUAGUUGA